ACUCAUGCAAUUUCAAUCCUAUAUGACUAAUUUUCUACUGUGGAAAAACCAAAGAUAGACAGACUCAACUGUCACUUUAAUUUCCUUUUGAGUAACGUAAAACGACAUAUUAUACAUUUUGGGUGAACUAUCCCUUUAAGAUAAUUGACUGUCUCUGAUGGGAAAGUUAGGUUCGGUUUCCCAUCGUUUGCUCCAAACUAUUAUGCAACAUUUGUCAUUUCCGUAAGCAUUCCUGAAUUGGAAAGAAUAGGAGUGUCUUAUUCUGGAAUCAUCUGCCGCUAGAACGUUCUAUAAACCUUAAUCAAACGCGCGCACAACACUCCGAGAAACGUGGCGUGAACGUUCUAGAGAAUUCCAUAUCAUUUCUGGUUUAGAAUGCAGAUCGAACGCAGAAAAAGGAAGGAGAAGUUACUCAUCAAGAGUUUGCCGAUUCAAAAGUUGUUUCAGGAUGAUCAGACUAGUCCAGCUGUUGUGUCUUGCUGGCCUUCUUCUACAGUGUGAAGGUCAGGGUCUCCAAACAUGCCUCACUCACCCCACGUACAGACCGGCAGAUAACGCUGAUAUAACAGUGGUGUGUGGAACCAAUUCCAUGUUUUUAAAAGUUCUCAUCUGUCCAAUGUAUUUCGGGGGAUACAACGAAUCACUAAUGGCACUCAAUGCUAAGUUUAACGUCCCAUCCUGCUAUGGAGUAGCGGACUGGACUGUCAAUCCUCCCGUCUUGCUGUUUAACUUCUCAAUCUCUCAGGAGGCGCUCACCCUCUGUGGCAACAAUAUGAACAUUACAAGUCAAGUGGGAUCAGGAGUCUUCUCAGACUUCUCCCAAAUCCAGUCCGUAAAUGUGUCCGGAUUAAUCAAUUCCUGGGAUCCCAGCACCAGCACCAUCACGUACAGGCAACAGCUGAUGUACCAGUUUUCAUGUCUGUAUCCACUGCAGUAUUUAGUCAACAACACUGAGCUCAGCGUGUCAGGAGUGAGUCUAGCGAUAAAAGACAACAAUGGCACAUUCGUCAGUACUCUAAGCAUGGGUCUUUUCAGUACGCCCGACUAUUCUACCAAACUCCAGAUCCCAGUUACUGGGCUGCAGCUAAAGACUCGCAUAUAUGUGCAGGUCAAGGCAACAAAUCUGACAAACAAGUUCAAUGUGUUGCUGGACCGUUGUUAUGCCACGACAAGCCCAUAUCCGGCCCCCAGCACCUCUUACGAUCUUUUUGUUGGGUGUAUGCGUGACGCCCAGACAAAGAUUGAUUGGAAUGGGAUGUCUCAGGUAGCUCAGUUCUCCUUCGAGGCCUUCCGCUUUGUGGAACACAAAAACCUGUCCAUCUCCACUUUCUACCUGCAUUGUGCUACCCGACUCUGUGAGAACUCCACUUGCUCCUCCUUGCUUCCGAGAUGCGUUAGGAAAAGAGAAGCACCAUCUCCAGAGUUCAACUCUACAUCUGUGGUUGCCACUGUCUCCUCAGGACCGAUCAGAACCCAAGUUGACAGUGGUGUCCCUGUCAGCAGUAGACUAACCUCAUCAGCAUCCAUCCCUCAGCUGACGUAUGUUGGGAUAACCACUGGCUUGCUGAGCUUAUUUCUAUUUAACUGGUUGUCUACAUCAGGACCUGCACAGUGAUCUACAUCAGGAUUCACUUGACUGAACACAACGUUUCUUAGAAGAUAUCUCACCUGUUACAUAAAUGUGAGAACAUUUAUCAUGUGUCAGUUAUUAGCACUUCUAUUUUCCAAUUUAAUGAGGUAAAUAGACUGUUGUCUUGUAAUUUUUAUUUUCUUUUUGUUCUAAGAUUUUCCAUGAGAACAAGAAAAAAAGAACCAUAUUCACUAUGUAGUUUACAUAUUUUUUUGAAAAAGUCUAUAAUGCAUGUAAAACUGCUUUGGGGCCUAUGAAUGUAACAAUUUAACGUUUAAAGUUGAAUAAAAAUAUUAGAAACUG